AUGGACAGUGAGAAUAACAAUGGAAUGAUUGGUGAGGGUGUGAUGAGAAUGGUACAACACAGUAAUCCACAGGCAGCACUGGUAUUUCUGUUCGGUUGGGCCGGUUGCAGCGAUCGAUAUCUCACUAAAUAUGCUAAAAUUUAUGAAAAAGAUUUCACAGUUGUUCGUUUCACAGCUGACAUCCAGCGAGUGCGCUCAUUCGCAUCCUAUCGACAAUUCGCAUUGGAUAUUUACGAAAAAAUCCUGGAAACAUCCACAGCACCGUAUAUCUAUUGCCAUAUGUUCAGCAUGAAUGGGUGCUCAACGUUUUGUGCACUAUGGGAUUUGCUGGAUACAGUGUGCGCUUCAUCAUCAUCACUUCAUUGCUUACGAUUCAUAUAUGCUCAGCUGUAUUUGCGCUAUGAUGAUUGCCUCCCAGAGCCACUCUUCUGA